GCGCGCGGUCGGGGGCGCGGGGUGCUGGCGCCGCGAUGACCGCUCUGAGCCGGAGCGAGGCCACCGAGGCGGGCAGCAACCAACAAAUGCAUGGAAAGACUUCUCUGAACAGUCCUGUGUCCUGCAAAGAGAAACCAGACAGAGUUCAGGAGCCCCCGGACUGCAGAAGGGCCCUAGUCUCCGAUCUCUGCCCCAAGCUUCUGGCUCAAGGCCAGGGCAGAAUUGGCACUGAGGACGCAUGGGCAGGACUGGGGUUCCUUGUCCCCGAAAUGGAAUGUCUCCUUUGCAGUCUGCACUGCCCAGAAGGCUUGAAGGGUGAAGAGAUAAAGAAGUGUGGCCGAGAAGGGAUACCACUGAAUAAAUACAACCAGCAAUACCACAAGCUGUUUAAGGAUGUACCCUUGGAGGAAGUGGUUCUCAAAGUGUGCUCCUGUGCCCUCCAGAGGGACCUCCUUCUUCAGGGCCGGCUCUACAUCUCCCCCAACUGGCUCUGCUUCCAUGCCAGCCUCUUUGGCAAGGAUAUCAAGGUGGUCAUUCCUGUGGUGUCUGUGCAAAUGAUCAAAAAACACAAGCUGGCACGGCUCCUUCCCAACGGACUGGCCAUCACCACCAACACCAGCCAGAAGUAUAUCUUUGUGUCACUGCUGUCCCGGGACAGUGUAUAUGAGCUGCUGAGGAGAGUCUGCACCCACCUACAGCCUUCCAGCAAGAAGAGUCUAACCGUAAGAGAAUUUCCAGAGGAACCUGAGUCUCUGGAAGUCCUCAUCCCUGAGAUGAAGUGGAGAAAGGUAUGCCCUUCCUCCAGGUCCUUGUCUCUCCUGGACAACAUGCCUCGUACCCCUCCAGCAUCUGUGGACUCCACAGACAGUUUUUUCCCCUCCAGGACGUCUCCAGGGCCUGAAAAGUCAAGAGCCCAAGUAGCCUCUGAAAAUGGCAGGAGGUGGGCAUGGCCCAUGCCAGGCUGGGGCCCUGCCUGCCCUAAGAAGAUGCCGAACUGCUCUCCCAUUGCAGAGAAUGCUGUCUGUGAGGAAGAUGAGCUGGAGGAGGAGACUGGGAGCACUGGGGAGCUGAGGCUCUGGGAUUACCGGCUCCUGAAGGUCUUCUUUGUGCUGGUCUGCAUCCUGGCUGUGUCCUCAUCUUAUCUGGCGUUCCGUAUUUCACAGCUAGAGGAGCAGUUAUGCUCCUUGAGUUGGGACAGCCCAGUCCCUGGGCACAGGUAACAGCCACUUGGCCUUUGUCGCCAUUCCUUCUCCAAGAAGAAUGUGCUGGGUGCUAAGUCUCUACCAAUGAUCCCUGUGGUUUAUGCUGCUGCUGGGCUAAGACUGCGUAUGAAGGAAAAUAUUCCAGAGCCCCCUUCCUCCUCCCAGCUCGUCUCCCUCUGAGAGAUCUGAAGUACCUGUUUACAAAGUAACUGGCUUCUAUGAUUUUUGGACUCAAACAAAAAGCCAGAUUUUUUGGAACCAGCUGAGGAAUUCUGUACACGAAGCUUCAGCAACCACUUAAAAUGAGAAAGAAAAAAAAAAAUUAGCUGGCUCCUUGGAAACAGUUCUGGCACACAGGCAAAACACUGGAGGCAACCUCAAGGGACAGAGGCCAUGUUUUCAUAUGUGGAAUGUGGCUCUGUCACACAGCUCAUUUCUGUGGUGGGGUCAGGGGCCAGAACACAAACCACCUGUGUGGGCUCUGGUCUCCCCCAACACUCUGUGCUCCCACGGGGCUUCUCUGCAGGCAGCCAGGCAUCUGUCAGGCUUGGGCAGGGGCCUGCUGAGAAGCCGUAGAUGAAGAGGGGAGGGCCAGAGAUGAUUCCAGCCAGAGAUGAACUUCCAUGCUAUAGGCUGGGGCUCUGUGCUGGCCCCUCAUGAGGUGGCUGGCUGCACGAUGGGAGAUGCUGCCAAUGGCAGGAAUGGUGGCAGAGGCUGUGAAGAACAGAGGUACCUGACUUCCAUGUUCUCAGCUGUCACUUUCUGGUGACACAGAUCACUGUGGUCACAGACCUGGUAGUGGGUCUUAUGCUUGUGUGUUCAAACAUUUCUAAGGUGUCCCAGGCCCUGGAAAUAGGGAAUGGGGAGGGUGGAGGCUUGGAUCUGGGGUCUUGCUGUCUACUCCCUGCCUGCUCGGAUCUCAGGUUGGUGUUGGGGAAGAGGUCACUUGUGUCGCCCCCGUAGUCAUUGGGUUGCAGGCCAUGGAGGAGGAGGGUCCUCCACUCCAUGGGGCCUAGUCUCCAUUAAGGUAGAAGUAUCCACUGUGGGCUUGGUACAGCGCAGGAGCCAGGCCAGGGAGUCUAUCUUAUACCUCCGGGGACAGGAAAGGUAGGUAGGGGAUGAGGAGGUUGGAUGCGGUGGUGGUUCUGCCUUGGGGAGUAUUCCUCCUCUUUCAGGGCCUUCUCUAUUCUAAAAAGUUUCUCUGUGCCCUACACCUCUGGCCAGAUCUCCCUGGGACUCCCAUCUGCUAAGAUAGUGGCUUUGGGGGUUCUAGAAGGGUCUUACAAGGCCAGAAGUAUCAGGGAAAGUUGCUGGUGAUGGGGUGGGUGGUGUCAGAAACAGCCACUGUUUUCCCCUCUUCAGACACUGAGAGGUUAAUCAGGGAACGAAAUCCAGGUGGAAACUAUUUAUUGUGGAGCAGACGAUUGUCUGUCCCAUUUAUGACAAACCCAAAUGAGGACUGGAGGGACUCCCAGUAAGUGGUCUCUUCAUGCUCUCCCCCUCCCAGUUUUUAGGAUGAAACUUAGAGCCUGGCCUUUUGUGUUGCUUGCGCCAAAUCCGUAUGUCUCAGGGGAAACUCACUGUUCCAUGGACGGCCAUCCUUUUUAUUUGGAACCAGCCCUUUUCACCCUUUCAUCAGUCUUUUUUAGGGAAAUAACCUUUCUUGCCUCAGUACUUCUCUCUGGUUCUUGCUGAAAGGCAGGGAGAACAAAUUCAUUCUCUGAGACUUGCUGGGUUGUCAGAGGCCAUGAGAGGUGCCAAUUAUAGGUGGAUGUGCCAAGAUGCAGGUGAACUUGAUCUCCAGCUAUACCCAGGCUCAGAAAGGGCAAGGGCCAUGCUGCAGGGUAGGUGACUUUGGAGGUGCACUUGGGGCCCAGGGCUGUGAGUGGUGUGGGCGUGCCUGUCCCUCCAGAUGGCCCUCUGUUUCUCCCUGUUGUCCCCGUCUGGCCCUCUGGGGCUGCUGUGCCUUCUGCUGUGCACAUUUAUAAACAAUGUGUAUUUUAUAUAGACCUGCUUGCAAUGGCUGAUGCUCCUUUAAUUCCCUGAGUUUGGUUCAGCCACUCUUGGGUUAUUUUUGCUAUGGCCUUAGCCUUUAAAAAUAUUUUAAAAUAAACUUGAUUUUUCUAGUGU